AUGUCUGAGUGGCUCUCCAAGUACACGCAGCCUUGGUCUACUACUGAGUUACCAACCCAGACUACCUUGACUCACAUUGCACCACAAAACUAUGCUGGGUUGGUUUCGACGUUGAUGUCGAUUACCUCUGCUUUGCCUACGCAGACAAACAGAAUGAGUUUGUUUGAGAUGGCCAAGGAGGGAAAAGGUGCCCAGGCAUCGCUUUCGGUGAUUUCUGCCCAGAUGUUCAUGGCUACGGCUACUGAUAAUGAAAGGCUUCCAGAGAUGACUUCGGUGAUCUGGAACGCUACCAUGGAGCUUCAGGAGUUGGAAAAGGGUAUUAAUUUGUACCAGAUGGAGUUGAGUCCCAUUGCCAAUGGUAUCUUUGCUGGCUUGUUUGCUCUUUUGCUUGUGGCUCAUAUUGUGCUUAGUGUGUGGAAGAAACAUCCAUACUUUGGUAUUUGUCUUUCUAUGGGCACGGCUUGUGAAUUUACUGGUUAUAUCGGCAGACUUGUUUCUAUUGGCGAUUACGAAAACCUGGACGCUUACUUGUGCCAGAUUAUCUGUUUGACGUUGGCGCCUGCGUUGCUUAUGGCAGGUGUUUACUUUGUUUUGGCUCAGUUGACGGUUGUACACGGACGACAAUUUUCUGUGCUAAAACCGCUUUGGUUUUCUUAUAUUUUUGUGUUUUGUGAUGCCGUCAGUUUGAUUGUCCAGGCUGCUGGAGGCGCCAGUGCUGCUAUUCAGCUUCAGCAGUUUGGCGAUACUGUUCCAGGCACAAACACCAUGGUGGCGGGCAUUGCAUUCCAGGUGGCUUCCAUGACGCUUUUCUUAUACUUUUUGUUUGAUUUCAUGAAAAGAAUAUGGUUCCGUGCCAGUCCAGAAGUGAAGUUUUCUUUCCACAACUUGUUCAGUUUCCUUUUUGCUACGAGUAGAGGCAGAAGACUUAUGGAUACGCAUUUGAACCAGCACUAUAACCAGAAGUAUGAACAUAUCUGGUCGAGAAGAUCGUUUGCAUACUUCCCAUUGGUAUUGCUCUUAUCAGUGAUGUUCAUCUACGUCAGAUGUGUCUACAGACUAGUUGAAUUGACAGAAGGCUGGAGCGGAUUCUUGAUCACUCACGAAGAGUUUGUCAUGACCCUCGAUGGUCUUAUGGUGUUGCUCAUGGUGAUUUUGUUUGUUCCAUUCCACCCAGGUAUUCUUAUGGGUAAGGGCCUGAACAUCAGCAUGAAGUCGAUCAUGAAGGUCGCCGACAAAGAAGCCGACGACGUUCACGAUGGUAAACUGGUGGGAGGCUCUAGCUGGUCUGAAGACUCCAUCACUAAGAAGUCUACGCACUCAGAGAAGGUCCACUCCAGGGAGUUGUCCAUGUCUACGCAAGAGUCCAACCCAUUUGACCUGCCUCAGGACAAAAACAGCAAUAGAAGAACCUUCAUGCCGGUACUUAAAAGAAUGACAGUUCAAAAACCUCCUCUGCCUUCAGAGUUUGCAGCAGUGCCAUACUCUCAAACCACAGAAGCCGAAUCAAUCAGUCCACAGGUGGACCACGCAGAGUCAUUCAGAAGCAGUAAGAAGGUCAGAAAGUCACAUCAACAGAGAAACAGCACACGCAGUCAUGUCAAUCCAUAUGAGACUCCACAGGAAGUGCAAUAUGUUGCAAACUCGGGCCCAUACCAAGAAGCACCAGAGCCAAUGGUACAAGCCCACAGGUACACAGCCCAGCACAACUUCAACCCAUACCAGGCGGAGCCUCAAUACUACAACGACUAUGACGACGGAAGCAACCACUACGACGAUGUGCAAUCGCAGAUGACGCAAACGACUAAUGACGAAGAAUACUUCAACUUUGGCGGGUGA